CGGUGCGUUAGCUUAGCUUGGGUCGUUUUAGCAGCCGCGGAGCCGUAAUGGAGCCCACAGCGAGGCGCUGGGUGAGGUAGACGUCACCGGACAUGUGGUGACACAUGUGAUGUUUGUUUACUUCCGCCCAAGUCUCAACUGCACGUGGAGUGUAAGUCCAUGGCCGCCCCCGCCCCUCCCAAACCCUUCGGCCCGGAGGAGACCCGAAGGCUUCUCCUUCGCCUGCAGACGCCCGCCGUCUUCCCUGACAUGGCGACCGGCUGGCCGGCGCUCCUCUGGACCGCAGAGCGCCUGUCCCGCUGCCUUGGGGACCAAGUGGUCCAGUUCCGACUCGGAAGGAAAGAGGAGACCAACGCCCCCCUGUUUGAGACCCAGUGCUCCUACGUGGAGGCCACACUGGAGCACUUCCUCCGAUGGACGCAGCACCAGACCGGGUCUUGCCCGGGGCCCUUCUGUGAGUACCCACGCUCAGAGUACUGGGCCUACGCCGACUACAAGUACAUCGCCCUGCUGCUGCAGGACCGGCCCGCCAUGUUCCAGGUACUCCAGGAUGUGAGGUGGUCCGAGUUCGGUUUUGAGGGGCGUGACGGGAGGGAGAGCACCUUGUGGGUCGGCUCGGAGCAGGCCAACACGCCGUGCCACUUGGACUCGUACGGCUGCAACCUGGUGCUGCAGGUGGAGGGCCGGAAGCGCUGGCACCUCUUCCCCCCAGAGGACACCCCCCACCUCUACCCGACCCGGAUCCCCUACGAGGAGUCCAGCGUCUUCAGCCAGGUCCACGUGGUCCACCCGGAUCUGAGGAGGUUCCCUUUGUUCCGGGGGUGCAGAGCCCACGAGGUGACUCUGCAGCCCGGACAGGUGCUGUUUGUCCCCAGACACUGGUGGCACUAUGUGGAGUCACUGGAUCCCGUUACGGUCAGCAUCAACUCCUGGAUCGAGCUGGAAGUGGACGCCGUGGAGCGAGUUGGCGAGGCCGUGACGAAGGCCGUAGUUUGUGCGCUGAAGAGCGAGGACGACCCUGAGGACUGGCUCAACCCCACCGAGGAGGGCGUGGCCCCCCAUCGGGACAACAUGCUCUCUGUGAACCUGGCGCUGAGAGCGUGUGCCGCUACGCAUCACAAAGUGACACAGGACCGGCGAGGUGCUCGCCCGCAGAAGCGUGACGCAGGAGGACGGAUCAAGGAGAGAAGCAGUGACUCCGGGCCCCCCGGGGUUCCCUUUGGACCUCAUCUGGUCCCCGUAUGCCGCCGGCAGGACGCUAUCCCGCCAGAGACCACCAGGGGUCAGGAGGUCGUCGGAGAAGAGGCCGUGAUAACCACCAACGACCUGCUGGACUGCCUGCUGCACCCUGAUGUCAUCGCCCGGGUCACCGAGCUGCUGCUGCAGAGACACACAGGAAGUCACGGGAGCAGCCCCCCCCCUCCUGCUGCUGUGACGUCACAAGCUAAUCCAUCCUGCACGGCCUCACCUUGACUUCUGCCUCGCCCCCCUGAGAUUACUAAUGAUCACUAGCCCCCCCCACCCCCCAGACGAGAAAACUCGCUAAUGGUAACUCGAUGCGAUGUUUCCUGGUGUUGACGUCCUGCAUGUCGCUAAUCCUGUUUGUUUCCCUCCAGAGGCUCACAAACAUGGCUCCAAUCGGGUUAACAUGCAAAACUGUGUCCCCGAGCCAUCGCAGAAGGAUGAGGACAAAUAAACGAGAUCUUUGCUGAAUGUAACGUCUUUGUUUCCCACCGACAUGAACAGAGGUCCAGAUCAAAUGUGUACCGUAAAUCACAUACUAGAAGCCGCUACUGUUUCCCACGCUUUGAACCCGGCAGCUUUUUACGAGCUAACGUCUGAGAGCGAGACGCAUAUAUAGGUGCAAGUUACUGGCAGUCAGAGAAGGAAACUUGCCCUUAAUGAAUCAAUGGUGAGACGUUGGAGGCAAUGUGAAGAUCUGCAGGACGGACGACUCUGUGUCAGCAGUCGAUUUUCUGCCGCGUGGACACCUGCGGCUUAUACUAUAUGUCCACAUCUUUUUCCUUUUAUUUAGGUGGUGUGGCUUAUAUUCAGGUGCGCGACAGAGUUCUUUAAAUGGGUUUAGUUAUCGAAACUGAUAAUGAAACCGCUCCAAACAGCAUCCACAUUUAAAUCUUUAAGGAUUGACUCUAAGACAUCUAGCUUUGUAUUAGAAUAAAAGAAAAUUCAGGUAUUUGUAAUGUCUCUAACUUUGUAAACAUGAAUUUAUUAUAUAUAUAUAAA